AAAUGUUGAGGUAGAAACAGAAGAGAACAUUGUUAAUCUUAAUUAGACUAUUUUAUCCCUCCCUCGGCUCCAUAAUUGUCCCCUAUUGUCUGUCAAUCCGCGUACACGAAGUUCCCCUUUUAAGUAAGUUCAUCCAUCCGCCGGACCCAAUCCUGCACCUCCCGGCUAACAGUCCUUAUCUUGGACGCUUCAUUUCAGGUUCAGGCUAAGAAUAAAGCAGUUUGUACAAUUACAUAUAGUUGCCGAGACCCCCCCACCCAUGGCUGGAACUCUCCUCUGUAAUGCCUCGUUGGUUUCUGCUUUUCUCGCCCGCACCUCAUCCUCAAAGACUUCCCUUUCGCUUCCUUUGAAGUCCCCCGUUUUUCGAACCUCGCGCUCUUCCUCCCCAAGUUCGCGUACCGGAUUUUUCAGGAUUUAUGCGUUAACUAGCAACGACAUCAAAGUUGGCACCAAUCUUGAAGUGGAUGGAGCUCCUUGGCGGGUAUUAGAGUUCCUUCAUGUUAAGCCUGGCAAAGGAGCAGCUUUUGUAAGGACCAAAAUUCGCAAUUACGUGACCGGAAAUACGGUUGAGAAGACUUUUCGAGCAGGAAGUUCGCUUGAAGAGGCCAAUGUAUACAAGGAAGUCAAGCAGUUCACUUACAAAGACGGUUCCCAGUUUGUUUUCAUGGACCUGAAUACGUAUGAAGAGAUACGCCUGAAUGCAGCAGACGUUGGUGAUAGGACAAAGUGGCUAAAAGAAGGAAUGGACUGUGUCGUACUGUUUUGGAAUGGGAAGGUCAUUGAUUUUGAGGUUCCCAUCACAAUUCAGUUGACUGUGGUUGACGUUGAUCCUGGACUGAAAGGUGACACGGCACAAGGUGGUUCGAAGCCCGCUACACUUGAAACUGGUGCCGUUGUUAAUGUCCCUCUGUUUAUAAAUGUAGGCGAUAGUAUUAUGAUAGAUACAAGGACUGGACAAUACACGAGCCGAGCAUGAAUUUGACACACCUAAUAGUUAAAACCCAUUGGUGAGAAUGCUUAGUCAGUCGGUCUCUUUGUAGAUUGAGCACGUGAAAGAUCCGCAAUGGAGCUGCAAAGAUUGUCUCCCAGUUUUAUUUUUUUACCAUUAGGAUUUGGAUUUUUUUUACCCUAAACCAAAUUAUUGUGAAGCAGUUAAGUUGUAUCUGAAAGUAUGCGAGAAGUAAUUCAAUCAUCGGCAGAAAAUUGAUAA